UAAAUAGAAUUCGGUUUUUCUUUCUUUUUUAUUAUUAAUUACAAUCGAUAGGUUAUUUGAAUUCUUCGAGAUAAACGAGUGAGAUAGGCAUAUGCAGGAGAACUUAUAGUUUGAACGGAUAAUUAUUACGCUGUCUAAUUUAUAAAGCAAGUAAAUCUAUAGAGCGAAAUAAACCAAACAAUAUAGAACACUAUCAAGUACAACGUCCAAGGACAAUGCCUUCUCGAGAUGAUCAUAGCCAAGGUCGCAUAGCAAAUUUUAAAUUUAAAAAUAGACACGAAGAGGCUAAAAUAAGAAGAAAUGCAUUAUCAGUGGAAUUACGUAAAGCUAAGAAGGAUGAUCAAUUGUUAAAACGACGUAAUCUUGAUAUAUCGAAUCAAGAAGUGUCGGAUUUAUCGAAUAAAGCUGACGUAUCACUCACUUCUGCUCUUUCUAUAAAUGAAAUAAUAAAUCACGUAAAGUCAUCAGAUGAAACAUUACAGUUAAUGGCAAUUCAGGCUUGCAGAAAGUUAUUAAGUCGAGAAAAAAAUCCUCCUAUAAAUGAUAUAAUAGAAGGUGGCAUAGUACCAUGUUUCAUUGAGCUGUUAGACAACAAUCUUAACAUUCCUUUACAAUUUGAAGUAACAUGGGUAUUAACUAACAUAGCCUCUGGUACAUCCGUACAAACACAAAAUGUUAUAAAACAUGGAGCAAUACCAAAAUUAGUGAACCUACUUAAAUCUUCAUCACCUAUUGUUGCGGAACAAGCAGUGUGGGCCUUAGGAAAUAUAGCCGGAGAUGGACCAUAUGCACGUGAUCUUGUUCUUGGACAUGAUGCUCUACCUCUUUUGUUGGAGUUAAUUAAACCUGAUACUUCAGUAACAUUCAUGAGGAACAUUGUAUGGACUUUAUCUAAUUUAUGUCGAAAUAAGAAUCCACCGCCACCUUUUGAAUUAAUUAAACCUGUUCUACCAAUAUUUAAUCGCUUGCUUAGUUAUACAGAUCGAGAUGUACUUGCUGAUACUUGUUGGGCACUUUCCUAUCUUACUGAUGGAUCCAACGACAAAAUACAAGCAGUAUUAGAAACUGGCAUUAUACCGAAACUCGUAGAGAUGUUGACUUUACAGGAAGGAAUUAUUCUUACUCCAGCAUUGCGUACAGUUGGAAAUAUAGUAACAGGUGAUGAUGCUCAAACAGAUGCUGUAAUUCAUGCGGGAGGAUUGUCACAUCUUGGUGCUUUGUUGCGGUUUCCUCGCGCCAAUAUUGUAAAGGAAGCUGCUUGGGCAAUUAGUAAUAUUAUGGCUGGUAAUGAGGACCAAAUCCAAAGUGCGAUAGAUGCUGGUCUGUUGUCACCAUUAAUAAAAGUACUCCAGUUUGGGGAUUAUAAGUCACAAAAAGAAGCUGCAUGGGCUAUAACGAACUUGACAACAGGAGGAACAAUUCAACAUUUAUCUCAAUUAGUAGGAGCGGGUGUAUUGCCACCUUUUUGUAAUUUAUUAGAAUCGAAGGAUUGGAAUGUUAUUAUUGUUGUAUUAGAUGGUUUAACUAAUAUUUUACACGCUGCAGAGAAAAUAGAACAAGAAGAAAGACUUGCUAUUAUGAUAGAAGAAGCUGGAGGAUUGGAUAAAAUAGAAGUUCUUCAACAUCAUUCGAAUGAACAAGUUUAUCAAAAAUCUAUGGCUAUAAUCGACGCGUUUUUUUCUCAAAAGGAUACAGAAGAAACUCUUACUUUUGAAGUUAAAGGAAACUCUGAUGGGCAGAUUGAAUUUAAUGUGACUGAAGAUUCAUCGGCAAAUAAAUAUAAUUUCUGAUGAAUGAAUAUAUCUUUGAAUUCAGAUUGAAAUCCCAUAAAUUAAAGAAUUUGUCAAUACGAGAUUAUUAUUAAUUUGUUCCUACGCCACUUGUAAGGUC